AUGGAAUAGUAUGCAGAUAGUCUUUAGACUUUUAAGACUAUUUUAGGAGAAGCGUUUACAGAUAUCCUUAAACAUUUACCUAAAAAGUAUAAAGAUUUUAGAGAGCUAGUCUAAAAAACAUAAGAGGAAGUCAUGAAUGAAAAAGAUAAAAAAGCAAUCAAUGGUAACAAGUACUUUAUUAUAUUUAGCAUGGCAAUAGGCAGUCAUAUUCCUCGUUUGUGUUAAUCAUGCAUUCAUUACAUAGAAAAAUUGAUAGCAUAUAGAUUUAUGGACGGAAACUGCUAUGAUUAUACUUAGGAUAAACUAUCAAUAGAUGGCGAGAAAAAAGCUCAAAUCGAUCCAAACAGAAAGUUAAUUGAUCAAAUUAUUGAUUCAAUAUGCGAUUGUGUCAAUUUAAAAGAUGAAAAUGUUCAUCUGCAAAUAAUUCGUUCACUGCUAACUAUUGCAACAAGCUCUAUUUGUUAAGUUCAUGGCUAAAACUUAGAGAAAAUAAUGAGAACUUUGAUUGUCAUUCAUUGCACAUCCAAGCAGCCAUAAAUUUAGGAUCCUUCUAAGCACUCAUUUACACAAAUAAUAUUAGAAACCUUUAAAAGAAUGGAGAAGAAUACUCUUCUUUCUUAAGAAGAGACUCAAAUUUACCAAAACAAAAAGCAAAUAGGUCCUGUGUUUAAUCCAAAUUCAAGCUCAAGUUAUAGAAGCUAAGGAAACUCUAGCAACAUUCUGUUGAGUGCCGAUUAAAGCGUUUAUUUGAUGUAAAAUCAUGAAGGAUAGCAAUAAUAACAACAAUAGUAAAACUCUGUACAGAUAGAUCCUCUUACUUCAAAUAAUGAAUUAAUGAAUUAAAUGGUGAUUUAAAUAGAUGAAGAUUAACAAAAGUAAAUUAUAUCUAACUAUGUCUCUAAAGUAGUUACCAAUUUGGUAGAUGAUGUCUGCAUUUAUGAAGAUAAAAUUAAGAAAAUUCAAAGAAAAUACAUGAACUAACCAGAAAAUGAAGUCCAAAAAUAAGCUGAAAUUAAUUUGAUUCCUCGUAAGUCAGUUCCUAACAUGCAAGAUGUAGAUACUCCUCAAUACAAAAAAACUACAAUUGCAAGCAUUAAAAAUGAAAAAGAAAUAGAUGCAGGCAAGUUUGGCUGGUGCUUUGUAUGUAGAAAUGAAGCUUCCAACUUCUGCAAAGAUACAAGAGUUCCUAUUUGCUCUAAAGAAUGCAAAAAGUAACAUAUGGAGGAAGUAGCUAGAAUCGCUAGACUUUGUUUCAAGGGUUAAGAAGUAGCAGUAAAUCAAUACAUUAUCGAUGCCCUCACAGUUUUUUAAUUUUUAUGUAAACUUUCUCAAGAAGACCCUAAUAAUAAUUUGAAUGCUAACCAAUUGAGAUAAAAAGUAAUAAUUUUAGAGCUUAUUUUAAAAGUCAUGGACUAAGCUGGAUCUGUCUUCCUUUCAAGAAAAGAAUUCGUUUAAGCUGUCUAGGAUAAGUUAGUUCCUUCUUUGCUUUAAAAUUGUUUGAGCACAGAAAAAUCUGUUUAUGGACUUAGUUUCAGCAUUGUUGCUAAUUUAAUUGACAACUUCAGAGAAAAUUUAAAAACUGAAAUUUCUGUCUUCAUAGAAAACAUCUUUGUAAAAAUAUUAGAAAGUACAAACAGUAACUUUUUCAACAGAGUGUACUGCUUGAAAGUCUUUAAUAAAAUAUUUUCAAUUCCUAGAGCAGUGAUUGAAAUGUUUGUAAACUACGAUUGCUCAAUGAAUUAAAAUAACACUAUUGAACAAUUGAUAACUUUGCUCACAAAAAUUUCUCAGGGAAAGUAUUAGAAAGCUGAAUUUUAGAAUUUAAUUCAACCUGAGUAGGCUUAAGAGUUAAAAAAUCUAUCUUUAGAAUGUAUUGUAUAAUUAAUGUAGAGCAUAAAUGAUUUUGUAAUGAUUUGCGAUGCUCAAGAAAAUCAAGUUGUUUCCAAGAGUGAAUUGCCAAGUAAGGAAGAGUAGAACUUAUAAACAGAAAACGAAAACAAUAUUUCCAAAGUAAAUAACCAAGAUGAAAUCAAAGAUCCUAUUGAAAGAGAAAGAUAAAUGAAGCUAGAGUUCUAAAAAGGUAUUUCUAAAUUCAACUUCAAGCCAAAAGUUGGUAUAAGACACUUCAUAUAGCAUGGUUUGAUUGAAGAAGGAAAUCCUAAACAUUUAGCAGAAUUAUUCUUUAAAUUUAAUAACUAAAUUAAUCAUGAAAAAAUUGGUGAAAUAUUUGGAUCUCAUGAGGAAAACAACAAGAGAAUUCUUGCUGAGUUUAUUGAAUAUCUCAAUUUUGAAAAUUUAGACCUUGUUAAUUCUUUAAGGAAAUAUCUGACUUACUUCUAACUUCCUGGAGAAGGUGAAUAAGUUGAUAGAAUCUUAGAAAAAUUUGGUGAAAAAUACUCCUUAGAUAACCCAGAAUGCUACAAAAAUGCAACAACUUCUUACACUCUUUCAUAUGCUCUUAUGAUGCUCCACACCUCAUCUCACAGCGCACAAGUUUAAGAAAAAGAAAGAAUGACUUUGCCCUAAUUCAUUAAGCUCGUUAAAGGUAUUGAUGAUGGUAAUGAUUUGCCAGAGUAAAUGGUUGUUAAUAUGUAUAAUGAUGUGAAGAAAAACCCUUUAGGUAUUCAUCAUUUAGAGGCUUCUAAAAAGGCAUUCGAAGAUGCUUUGACUUCAAGCGUAAGCAGAAAGCAUGAAAUGUUUUUAAAGGAAACUGAACAAAUGUUUGAAAAGGGAUAAAUGAAAAUAUAAAGAAAAGAAAACGAGAAAUAUAUUCAAGUUUUUACUAAAGAUUAUAUUUUAUCACUUUUGUAGAUAGUAUGGAGCCCUGUCUUUGCAACUAUAAGCUAGGCAACCAUGAUUGAAUAAGAAAAAGAAAGAGAAAAUCUUGAUUUAAUUGCCAAAGUUCUCACUGGGUUUAAAAAUAGCAUUAAAUUACUGGGCUAGUUUGGUAUGCUAACUGAAAGAGAGACUUUCGUUUUUGAGUUAUGCAGAUUAACAGGCUUACUGACUCCUCAAAAGCUAAUCCGCCAAAAGAAUGUGCAAGCUAUUAAAAUUAUGUUAGAAAUAUGCACUCAAUGCCGUAAUUAUUUAGGAAGAUCUUGGAAGAUAUUACUUGAAUGUGUUAGCAAGCUUGACAAUUACUACUUGAUUGCAUAAAAUUUGAGAAGAGACAUUGAUUUAUUAAACAAUGACACUUACUUCCAAGAUAAUAACAACAUGCAUCAAGAUGAAAUCGACAAGUAUAAUAGCUAGGUUAUUAUGAAAUACAUUGACAUGUCUGAGAUCGAUAAGAUAUUCCAUCUGUCAAAUUAAUUUGAUGCUGAAACUAUUGUUGAAUUCAUUAGAUGCUUAUGUGAGUUGAGUAAGGAAGAGCUAGAAAACAUUCAUAAUCCAAGAAUUUUCUGUAUUUAGAGAAUCGGUGAAGUUACAGAAUUCAACAUGUCAAGAGUGCGUAUCAUUUGGAAUAAAAUAUGGGAUAUUCUAAAGGUACAUUACAACAAUGUUGGUUGCCACAAUAAUAUAAGAGUCAGCUGUUUGGCUAUAGACUCAUUGAAGUAGUUAGCUGUUAAAUUUUUAGAAAAAACUGAACUCGCUCAUUAUUAAUUCUAAAAAGAUUUUCUUUCACCUUUUGAAUACAUUUACUAGAGAAAUCCAUAAUAAAAUCUAGAAAUUAAAGAACUUAUCUUGAGAUGCCUUUUCAUGAUGACAAUGAGUAAGGCUUAAUAUUUAAGAUCAGGAUGGAAAGUUAUUUUGAGAGUUGUCAAUUUAACUUUGUAAGAAGAUAGUCAGAUAUUAUUAGAUUUAGCUAUUUAGAUUACUGAUUUGAUUAUGAAUCAAAAGAAUCUUGAUAAUACUUUAGAUGUGUUUGGCGAUUUGAUUCAUGCUCUUACUAAUUAAACUAAAUACAAAAAUGACAUGAUAGCUUUAAAGGCUUUAGAUCAUUUGAAGAAAUGCAUACAAUACUUAGUUGAAAACACUCAAUAAGAAAAGGAUAAGGAUUAAGAGUAAAAAUAACACAAUAAAAAUAUUACUGCGAUGGAAGCCAGUAUGACUUCUGAAGCAAUUGCUGAAGACGACACAAGUAGUAGACACUCUAAAAACACGAAGCAAAAUAUCAUUAUCAAUGAAUCAAAGAGACUGCUUGAAGGAUAUUCAAUUCCCAUCUUAAGCAAUUUUGCAAGCUUCUUCAAUGACGAUAGACCAAAAAUGAUCAUUAAAAGUGUAACUUAUCUCUUCGACUCCAUUAAGCAAUACAGCUACACAUUUAAUCAAGAAUUCUGGAAUCUUAUUUUCAAAGGAGUAUUAAGACCUCUUUUUGAUGAUAUGCAAUUUACCUUUUAAAAAAAUAAAUCUGGCUAGACCGAUAUCAUCAAAGCUACUAAAAAUGCUUGUUAGAAAGCUUUCACAGAGCUAGUGAACAUUUUCGUAUAAUAAUUUGAUACUUUGCAUCCUUGCCUCACAGACUUCAUAGCUAUUAUGAAUAACAGCAUUUCUACAAAUUAAGAAAUUAUUUCUUCGAUAAGUUUAAGCAGUUUGAAGACUUUCUUAAGCAGAAUAGGUUAGAAAUUAAAUGAAAAUGAAUGGAAUCUAAUUAUUGAAUCACUAUAAGGCCUAGCUUUAAAUUGCAAGCCUAUAGAAAUGCUUGAAGCAAAAAAUGCAAGUGAGGACUUCAAUGUUCCAAUUUAACAAUUGCUUAGCAAACCUAUUUAUAAAGAUACAAAAUAUGAUGUGAACAUAGAUUGCUAAAAGAAUAUUAUCUAAUGCGUAAUCUUUAAAAAUAUGGUUGAACUCAUUCUCAACAUAAUUGAAGAGUUUACAAAUAAUUUAAAUGAAAAAUAAAUCGAUAGCUUGACAUAUAUCCUUAAAGAUUUCUCUGAAUUUUGCGAUGAGUUCAACUCUCGUCUUUAUCUCAGAUUCUACUUAUGGAAAAGCGGCUUAAAUAGUAAAAAUGAAGCAAUUCCCGUCCUAGGUAAAUAAGAAAAACUAUCUAAAGGAGGUGUAUUAUUAGUGCUUUAUGAGAGAUAUAAAAGAACUUAAUCAUUAGAAUCAUUAGAUAUUUUCCUCGGUGAGACAGAAAAUUACUUGAGACAGCUAGAAAAUGUUUUGAAUGAGAUUAAAUAGAAUAAUGAAUAAUAAAUUUUAAAAUAACAGUAGUAAUAAUUAUAAUAGUAAUCAUAAUCAUAAUCAUAAAAUUCAAUCAAAAACUCUAAGCAGGGGUUCUCUGAGAAUAACACUCCUUAGAUGAGUGAAAGAGGACAAUAGAAUUAAGUUAUUUAGAAUGUAAACACUAUGCACCUAAAUGACAAAUUAUUGAGCUAUGCUUACGAGGAUAAAGAAAGAUAACUCAAGGCUCUUAGAUUCAUUGUUGGUUCUUACAUAUUGCCUAAUCUUCAUGACAUAGACCCAAAGGAAAUUGGAGAAAGAUUGAGGAAAAUAGUUAAUUUAUUAUUAGAGGUCAGCAACUAAGAUGCAGACAUUGAUGACGACUUUAAUUAUAAUUUAAAAAUAAUCCUAAAAAAAUACUUUAACUUUGUUUUUGAUUUGGCUUCUUCAACUAAAAGAUGA